AUGUACGGAGGAGGCGGUGGUGGUCUCACGGUGUCGAGGAUUGCCUUCAACAAGCAUGACAAGGACAAGAGUGGCUGCAUCUCCAGAUCUGAGUUCCAUGACCUGUGCUACUCGAUGGGCCACUACCUGACGCCGGCCGAGGCAGAGCACGCGGCCAAAAUGAUCGACAAGGACGGCUCGGGCUCGAUCACCUACGACGAAUUCCAGAAGUGGUGGAGGACCGACAACCGGUUCCAGAACCUGCAGCUAUCGGAGGACGAGAUGGCGAGAUCGCGCAGGCACACGCACGCGGAUCUGACCAAGCACGGCCUCACAACUAAGACCUUCGACCAGUGCUUCAGGGAGCUCGACUCGGACGGUUCGGGUCGCAUCACCUACAACGAAUACAUCCAGUGGCUCAUCCGCAUCGGCUCCCUCAAGCUCAAGCCCAUCGACUAA